AUGGCGAUCAAGCACAACCAGCAGAUCCAGCACAACCACUUCCGCAAGGACUGGCAACGCCGUGUCCGCGUGCACUUUGACCAGCCCGGCCGCAAGUUGCGCCGCCGCCAACACCGUCAAGAGAAGGCCGCAAAGGUCGCACCGCGCCCCGUCGACAAGCUGAGACCAGUCGUGCGCUGCCCAACGAUCAAGUACAACCGUCGCGUGCGCGCUGGUCGUGGGUUCACUUUCGCUGAGCUCAAGGCCGCCGGCAUCCCACGCAAGCUGGCGCCCACCAUCGGCAUCAGCGUCGACCCCCGCCGCCAGAACAUCUCCGAAGAGUCCCUCGCCGCCAAUGUCGAACGCCUCAAGACCUUCAAGGACCGCCUCGUCCUCUUCCCUCGCAAGACCAAGUCUCCAAAGGCUGGCGAAGCUUCUGCCGAAGAUGUGAAGAAGGCGCGCCAGAGCGGACACGAGGGCAAGGUCGUGCGCGCCAACAGCCACAUCCCGAUCAGCAACAAGGUUACAGUGCAGGAGGGCAAGGUUGCAGACUACGAGAGCGAGCCGGCCGCGUACAGGAAGCUUCGCGACGCGCGCAGCGAGGCUCGUCUGGUGGGUGUGCGGGCCAAGAGGGCGAAGGCCAAGGAGGAGGAGGCUGCUGCUACGAAGAAAUAG